AUGAUGAAAGCCACUAGCAGGAGUGGCCCCUCAGAGGCAAGCACGCAUUCCACAUUCCACUCAUCAUCACUUGUGGGUCAGCAUCGGCUUUGUCAUCUCCCGAAUGCUCAUGGAUCCCGGCUGAAAGGCCUUGUGCCCGAAACUGCCGUCCGUUCCAUCACCGGCCGCACGCCAGUCACCAUCCUCUGCGGCGCCAAGCUGGAGGGCCACCUGUACAGCCAGUGGACUGCCACACUCCCCGCGGUUAUACCGCAGAAGAGCAGGAUCAGCCGCUGCAACAACACCCGUCCGGUGCUGCGUCUGGCAGCCGAACUCGCAAGGUCAUGA